CAAAGUUUGAAAACAGUGUGGGACCCAAAGUUUCUCUCGUGUUUUCUCUGUCGUUUAUGUGCUUUUGUCUCUCUGGCCCCCAUCCCCUUCCUCCCAUCUCACACACUGUAACCAAAUACUCUCUCUCUCUUCGACUCUUUGAUACCAACGAAACCAAAAUAGUCCCUCUCUCUCUCUCAACAGUAUUCUUUUUCUUGUUAAUGUCUACCUGAGCGGCUCCGAGUUCCGGAACCGGCAACGAUGGCUUCCCGAAAUGGGGCUGCUUCUUACAAGGCUGGUCUCAAGUUGGAUCAUCGACCCCUUAACUCCAAAUCGUCGUCGUUUAAGUCUCGGCCUCCUCCUAACUCUGCUGGAUCCUCUGUUCGUCGGAGCAGCCCCGCUUCGUUUGGCUCCGGGGGUAUCAAGGGCGAUGAUGGAGUACCUGGAAGAGUUCGAGUGGCCAUAAGAUUGCGACCCCGAAAUGCUGAAGAGUUGGCAGCAGAUGCAGAUUUUGCUGACUGUGUAGAACUGCAGCCGGAGCUAAAACGGCUGAAACUCAGGAAAAACAAUUGGGAUUCAGACACGUACGAAUUUGAUGAGGUGCUUACUGAAUUUGCAUCCCAAAAGCGAGUAUACGAAGUUGUUGCUAAGCCUGUAGUGGAGAGCGUCCUGGAUGGUUAUAAUGGGACCGUGAUGGCUUAUGGCCAAACAGGUACAGGAAAAACAUUCACACUUGGAAGACUAGGAGAGGAAGAUACGUCUGAUCGUGGUAUUAUGGUUCGUUCAAUGGAGGAUAUUCUAGCAAGUAUUUCUCCAGACACAGAUUCAAUCUCCGUCUCUUAUUUGCAGCUUUAUAUGGAGACCAUUCAAGACCUUCUCGAUCCAUCAAAUGAUAACAUCCCCUUUGUGGAAGAUCCAAGAACUGGUGAUGUUUCAGUACCUGGUGCGACUCUUGUAGAAAUCAGGGAUCAACAAACUUUUCUGGAGUUGCUGAGAGUGGGAGAAACUCAUAGGAUUGCAGCUAACACGAAGUUGAACACUGAAUCUUCUCGUAGUCAUGCUAUUCUGAUGGUGCAUGUCAAAAGGUCUGUCAUGGGAAGGGAAGAUAAUCAUUCAGUUGACAAUGGGGAACUCUCUUGCCUAAGCAAAUCAUUUAAGCCACUUCUUCGGAAAAGCAAACUUGUUGUGGUAGAUUUGGCUGGUUCUGAGCGUAUUCACAAGUCAGGUAGUGAGGGACAUAUGUUAGAGGAAGCUAAGUCUAUCAAUCUAUCUCUUAGUGCGCUAGGGAAGUGCAUUAAUGCUCUUGCAGAGAAUAGCGCUCAUGUACCAGUUCGUGAUUCAAAACUCACAAGAUUGCUUAGAGAUUCAUUUGGAGGCUCAGCAAGGACUUCAUUAAUUAUCACUGUUGGUCCAUCUCCACGCCAUCGAGGAGAGACUACAAGUACAAUUUUAUUUGGUCAGAGGGCGAUGAAGGUGGAAAAUAUGUUAAAGAUAAAGGAGGAGUUUGAUUAUAAAAGUUUGUCCAGAAGGCUCGAAAUAGAGCUGGAUAAGCACAUUGUGGAAAAUGAAAGGAGGCAAAAAUAUUUUGAAGAUGAAAUUGAAAGAAUACACUUGGAAGCACAAAACAGGAUUGGUGAAGUUGAACGGAAGUUUGCAGAUGCAUUAGAGAAAGAGAGGCUAAAGAGCCAAAUGGAUUAUAUGGAAACAGUUAAGAAGUUAGAAGAGAAGUUGGUGUUAAAUCAAGAUAAGGAUGAACGCUGUGGUUCUGGUGGUGGUAAAUGUAAUGGAGAGGAACCUGGGAAUUCCACUUCUGACGACAUUGCUGAGGUCCGGAAAUUGCUUAAUAAAGAAAUAAACCUAAGGAAGGUGGCUGAGGAAAAUGUUGAAAAUCUCAAAAGCCAAAUAGGGUCAGAGGGUGGUGGAGAUAUAGAGAUGUUAAAGCUUCGAAAGAGUCUAGAGGAGGAGGUACACCAGAAAAAGAAGCUCGAAGAAGAAGUAAUAGUCUUACGUAGUCAAUUGAUGCAACUAAGUUUUGAAGCUGAUCAGAUGAGAAAGUGCCUGGAAAGAGGUGUGCCCCGAAAUGGAGUAGAUCCUUUAACGUCUGCAGUGGGGCAUUUUCAGUCUAAAGACAUCCAGAAUGGAGAUAAGGCAUCAUAUUCUAAUCUAUUUGAACAAGUUGGAUUACAAAAGAUCUUGUCAUUGCUUGAGUCAGAAGAUGUGAGUGUUCGUAUUCAUGCUGUAAAAGUGGUAGCCAAUUUAGCAGCUGAAGAGGCAAAUCAGAAAAGGAUUGUGGAAGCAGGUGGUCUUACUUCCUUGCUGAUGCUUCUUAGAACCUAUGAGGAUGAAACUAUUCGUAGAGUGGCAGCUGGUGCUAUAGCUAAUCUUGCAAUGAAUGAAGCCAAUCAAGAGCUUAUAAUGGACCAAGGGGGAAUUAGUUUGUUAUCAAUAACAGCAGCUGAUGCUGACGAUCCUCAAACUCUCCGCAUGGUUGCUGGAGCUAUUGCUAAUUUGUGUGGCAACGAUAAGCUACAAACCACUCUAAGGACCGAAGGUGGCAUUAAGGCCUUGUUGGGAAUCGUUAGAUGUGGGCAUCCUGAUGUUCUUUCUCAAGUUGCACGUGGUGUAGCAAACUUCGCAAAAUGCGAGUCUCGAGCAUCUACACAUGGCUUGAAAGCUGGCAGAUCAUUUUUAAUAGAGGAUGGUGCACUUCCUUGGAUUGUACAGAAUGCUAACAAUGAGGCUGCGCCAAUCCGACGCCACAUUGAGCUUGCACUUUGUCAUUUGGCACAACAUGAAGUAAAUGCAAAGGACAUGAUUAGUGGAGGUGCUCUGUGGGAACUAGUUCGGAUUUCAAGAGACUGUUCCCGGGAGGACAUUAGAACUCUUGCUCGUCGAAUAUUGCAUUCGAGCCCUACCUUCCGUUCUGAAAUGCGUCGAUUAAGGAUAGAAUGUUGAUCAUUAUGUAAUUUCAGAUGAAUAGACUCUAUAGAAAUUCAUUAAUGCUGUAUAGGUUUUGGUGCAGAACUGUUAGUUUUGUAAUCCUUAUUUCUAAAUGAGGGUCAUGGUGACCGUCUCAUUCAAUUUUGUUUUGUACAAAGGAAGCUUGGGCUUCAAUUUGUAAUUCUUGAUUAUCUAUUUA